AUGCCUCAGAGUCCCUUGCACAGAAGUACCUCCGCUGCACAGCUCUUCUCGGGGGGUCUCCCAUCGUGUCAUUACCCCUGCAAUCCCAGGCGCUUUUUCUCGAAGACAACCUACCAGUGGAUCAGCCGCCUUCGAUUUGGCACUGAUGAGGGUAUUUUCUUCGGUGCCCCAGUCGAUGCUGUAGAUGAGGCUGCCAAAAACACUCGGAAGUUAUAUUGUCGGGCAUUGGUAUACGCCUCGGGUGGAAGCACCAUGGCAAGGGAUUGGAUUGCGGGAUGCUCCGCCUUAUUAACCUCAGACGAUGCACUUCUGUCGAUUGCACUGCAAUACAUGGCAGAGGCUGAUGACUUGGCAAUUUUUCGCAACCAUAUCCUGGAACAUUUGUUGCAGGAGGACGGGCAGGGUGGUACCAUCUCCUCAGGAAGCGGGAGUUGUGAUGAUCAAGGGUCAAAUGCCUCGCGGGCAGGGGGCUCCACAGCUUUGUUGGAGCGACAGAGGUCGGUUUCUGCCGAUCCAGGAGUCCCCUCCGUCACUGAAGCAGAAGUUGGUAGCGAGGUCUCCAAGGAACAGAUACGCAAAGUGGAAAAUUACGUUCUGCAGGCUUCCUCCACUGUGCGCUGCUUCUUAUAUGAUUCCAUGACUGCAAGUCUGUUUAAAUGCCAUGGUGAGCUAUCCAUCAUAGAAGAGGCCCGCCGGCGGGCAUUUCAUCUCAAUGCCCAAUACUUUGGGGUUUCAAUAGAGGAUCUCACAGCAAUAUGGCGUCUCGUCGAAGCGGAAUUUAUCUUAAAAGAGGAAAAAAGUCAAAUACUAGGUCAACCAUGGGGUGACUAG